GGGGGAUAACUGUCACUUUUUUGGCAAAGUGUAUCACUGCAAUUCUCAGUCAUGAGUUUGGAAGAGGUUCGUCAUAUUUUGGAUCCUAAUAAAAGGAGGCCUGGCCAGAGAAGUGAUGAGACCAAAGCUCAGUAUUUCUGGAGAAAACUUCGACAGUGUGUGAGGCCCACAGUGAAGAAUGUCUACAAAGCUGACCUGAAAAGUGUUGUCAUUGGUCAUGGAGUAUACCACAUGAGGAAAGUCAAUCACACCGAGGAGAUCACUGAAGUAUUAUUUCAGAAAGAAGAGAAAGAAUAUCUUACCAUUACCAAAAGUGGUAUUAAUGUAUUUCAUAUAGAUGGACGAAAAAAAGAUUUCAUCCAACCUGAGCAGGAGUUUGACAGACUGGUCUACGCCCAGGAGGUCAAUGAAUUUAUUGGUUGGUGUUGGGGCGGAGAGGAACUUCUAUUACUUUCAGAAGAUUUUGAACUUAUUUCUAUUGGCAAAGUACCACACAAGAUAUACGCUGUUGUUUACAAUGAGCUUUGCAAUGAAAUUGUCACUACUGGUGAAGGUAAUGUCACGUCCUGGAGCUUUCGAUACGCUGCAAAGCAUGUGAUACCGAGAAAGAUGGCCAAAGCAGGACUAACACCACAGGAUAUAUUCACAUUGUUAUGUCUGGAGGAAACUGCCAGUAGAUCACAGAGAGCAUUUGCUGUGUGUGAUACCUCAGUGGCAGUGUUUAACCUCCAUCAAGGAAAACUUAUUUCAUACAAGAAAGAUUUGCAUGUCAGAAGCAUCACAAGCUUAUUAUUCUUCAAUCCAUUGAAGAAUCUGAUCACUGCAGCACGUGACGGGUCUAUCAAGAUGUGGGAUGAAUCAUGGCAUCUGAAACUGGUGUUUGUCGGACACAGUGGUGCCAUUUCCAGUCUGUCUGUGUAUCCAUAUGGUCCAUACAUCAUGUCGGCAUCACAUGAUUGCACUGUUAGGGUAUGGAGUCUGGAAACAUGUGAUGAAGUGGACUUGAUAGAAGCAGAUGAGCCGAUAGAUGGCUUAGGUACUGUCUUACAAGCAGAUAAUGUACAUAGUUUCUCUACAUUCGCUGUAGAUCUGUGGAGAAUACGAGAUAUACACACAAUGCAUACUGCUGUAGGACAUAAGGUGGAUAGAAUUAAACUAACUGAAAGACCAGAGUAUGAGUUCCCACCACGUGCUUUGUUAAUUAGUCGAGAUGCUACAGCACGAAUCAUAUCACCUGCCAACGGUAAUGUUAUCACCUCAUUGAUUAUCAACCCAAGAAUUGGAAUCAAAGAUGCCAUAUACGCACAGGCAGAAGAUACGGUGUUUGCUGCCCUGAAGAAUGGUGAUAUGGUGAGGGCUAGUGCUAAAACUAAUCCUUGUACCAUCCAACACACAUGGAAAGGCAGUGAGAAAGAUGAAAAGAAACAUAUGAACUGUCUGUGUCUGUAUGAAUACAUAGUAGAAAGCACUAUGUCUGAGGAUGUGUGGAAAGGAUUGAUGAGGAGCAGUAAAGCGGCCAUUAGUUCAUCCGGUAAACCGCAACUAAGAGGAUCGGACCGGACGCUGGUGAUUGGUGGGCGAAAAGAUGGAUAUAUAGCGGUACUACAUUGGAAAACUAUGAAAGUUGCGUAUAAAAUAGAGGCCCAUGGUUAUAAAGGUGUUAUUGGUCUAAUUGCUAAUUCCAAAGACGAUCAGUUGAUAUCAGCUGGAUUAGGUGCUAGUGUUAACAAAGCAUAUUAUGGAAACUGUUUUUGA